AUGGACUUCGUCAAACAAAUCUUCGAGGCUUUCGCUACAGACUGUGUGCCAGAAGCAUUGGCCUGCCUACGCAAUAAGAACACCACCAGCCCCGAGCUGUCCGAUGUGGAGUUGUUUACUGCACUGCCAAUGAAUGACAUGUGGGAGGAUGCAGGAUUACCUUCGGUUUAUUUCUACUUGAGAAAGAACAAGUACCUUAUGAUACCCUCUUCCUGGGAAAGUGCAAUCUGUUCUUUUGACACAGAACUGGAUUCCAAGGUGAACUGCCAUGGGGACCUCAGGGAGGAGUACAAUUCCCUACUUAUGGGCAGGAUGCUGCAGCAAUCCUCCAAGUACGGCCAGGAGGAAGCUGAGCCCACGGAGGUUGCUUCCACCCCUCGCAGGCCGCCCGAGUCCAAGGAGGUGGGGGAGCUGAAAUGCUCCCCAAAGGUCCUUGAGAUGGGAAAGACCGCGGAGGGACGUGAGCAGCUUCGCAAGCUCCUGUUGGAUCAUGGGAGCUUUGAGAAGAUAGAAGGGGUUCUGGAGAAGUGGCAUAUCCAGAAGAAGAACAGCGCAGAGACGGGUGGACUUGUGACAAAGGAGUGGCUCAUUGCUAAGAGGACAAUGGCGGACAAUGCCUUUGAGUGGGCGAGGCGGAAUGGGAAACUGUUCACUUCGGAGAUUCAUGGUGCCGAAGAGGCUGAUAUUCCGCUAGACUGGACAUGGACCACUAGCAAAGAGUCGGGGCAGAAGACAAAGUUUGCAAGCUCUUUCAGCAUGGAUGACCCGGACUGUGCUUUGCUCGACGGCAGCAACGAGGACCUGGGCAAAUACGAGGCUUCAAAGGCCCCGGACAAGACCAGCCAUGCCGUUGCCACGGCUCAGGCAGGAGCUUCCUUUAAGAUGUGCUUUCCUAGCCUGCAGCAGAACGCCUCCCCGCUUGGGCUUCUGUCCUCCUACAUCUGUGUGCUCGGGAAGAAGAUUGAUUUGGCUGAGUCAGUGAAGUAUAAUGCCAUCUAUAUCCGAAGCCCCUCCUAUCUUAGGCUCUGCACGAACUUGGACAACUGCUUGAAAGACUUGAAUAAUUGCUACCAGAAGUUGGUCGAUGUGCAAGCCAACGCAGCGACCACCGGCGAUGAGAAAGAGCUCACCAGGUGUUUCGGUGAAGGUUUGCUUGCACAUGUUGAUCUCUAG